UGUUUGGAUUCAGGAAAAGGUGAGUUUCUUACAUGUUCUCCAGAACAAAACCCAAACUUGUUUUAUGCAGUUCUAGGAGGGUUAGGUCAAUUUGGGAUUAUAAACAGAGCCAGAAUUGUCUUGGCUCCUGCACCAAAGAGGGCUAAAUGGGUGAAAAUGGUUUACACCAAUUUUGAUGCAUUUUCAAAAGAUCAAUUAGCUUUCAUUAAUCCAAACUCAGGAAAAUAUUAUCUUGAAGGUUCUCUUCUUCUAGACAAUGGUUCUCCAGAUGUCUCCUUUUUCCCACCUGAUGAUCAAUCAAAGAUACUUCCUCUAAUCAAACAACAUGGUAUCCUCUAUGUCAUUGAAUUUGCCCAAUAUUAUGAUGAUGCUACCAAGACUAUUACUGAAAAGGAGCUUCAACAAUUAAUGGACGAGUUUAAUGGAAUCAUAUAUGCCAAAGAUGUGUUCUAUGCAGAGUUUUUGAAUAGGGUUAAAGCUGAAGAAGAAUUUCUAAGGUCACAAGGAUUAUGGGAGGUGCCCCAUCCAUGGUUGAAUCUCUUCGUACCAAAAUCUCGAAUAAAAGAUUUCAAUGAUGGUGUUUUCAGAGAUAUUAUUCUUAAACGCAACAUCACUAAAGGACUUAUCCUCACUUACCCUAUGCAUCGAAGCAAAUGGAAUGAUAAAAUGUCAGCGGUGAUACCGGAUGAAAAAGAAUUCUACACUGUAGGAUUCUUGCAGUUGAGCCAGCGUGAUAAUUUGAAGAUGUAUGAUGAUCAAAAUGAUGACAUCAUACGCUUCUGUGAGAGUGCUGGUAUUCAAGUUAAACAUUAUCUUCCUCAAUUCAAAACUAAAGAAAAAUGGAAGAAGCAUUUUGGGUCCAAGUGGAAUACUUUCAAGGAGAUGAAAGCUUUGUUUGAUCCCAAGAUGAUUUUAUCGCCAGGACAAAAUAUUUUUAACUGA